AUGACCCCACUAUGUUGUGUUGAGGGAGAAGUUCGCCUCAUUAGAGGAAACAGCUCCUGCUCUGGCACAGUGGAGAUCUUUCACUUUGGACAGUGGGGGACGGUGUGUGAUGAUUCCUGGGACCUGCUCGAUGCUGAGGUGGUGUGUAGACAGCUGGGCUGUGGCAGAGUCCUCUCAGCACCAACAGUGGCACACUUUGGACAAGGCAGUGGACCCAUCUGGUAUGAUAAUGUCAUGUGCACAGGCAGUGAAACUAAGCUGUUUGAAUGUCGGCACCAAGGGAUUGGGUCUCAUAACUGUGGCCACCAUGAGGAUGCAGGUGUCGUCUGUGAAGUGAGACUUGCCAACUCUGGAAACCGCUGCUCCGGCAGAGUGGAGAUCUUCCAUGCUGGACAGUGGGGGACAGUGUGUGAUGAUCACUGGGACCUGGACAAUGCCAAUGUGGUGUGCAGACAGCUGGGCUGUGGAGCAGCUCAAUCAGCUUUAUCUAAUGCAGCCUUUGGACCUGGCAGAGGACCCAUCUGGUUGGACAAUGUCUUUUGUUCUACAAAUGAUUCUUCUAUAUCAGACUGCAGACAUUCAGGGUUUGGAGUCCACAACUGUGGUCACCAUGAAGAUGCCAGUGUUCUUUGUGAAGGUCAGCCAGACAGCACAAGCACACCAUGGCCACCUUUUACAACUGAGAGGAGCAAAAACAUUCCGAUUGUCCCAACAUCUUUCUCAGCCCCACGACCACCUCUCAGCAUAACGUCACGACCUGCUGCUUCACCCGUGAGACUUGUCAACUCUGGAAACCGCUGCUCAGGCAGAGUGGAGAUCUUCCAUGCUGGACAGUGGGGGACAGUGUGUGAUGAUCUCUGGGACCUGCUCGAUGCUGAGGUGGUGUGUAGACAGCUGGGCUGUGGCAGAGCCCUCUCAGCACCAACACAGUCACACUUUGGACAAGGCAGUGGACCCAUCUGGUAUGAUAAUGUCAUGUGCACGGGCAAUGAAACAAAGCUGUCCGAAUGUCGGCACCAAGGCAUUGGAUCUCAUAACUGUGGCCACCAUGAGGAUGCUGGUGUUAUCUGUGAAACUGCUUCAACAGUGAGACUUGUCAACUCUGGAAACCGCUGCUCAGGCAGAGUGGAGAUCUUCCAUGCUGGACAGUGGGGGACAGUGUGUGAUGAUCGCUGGGACCUGGACAAUGCUAAUGUGGUGUGCAGACAGCUGGACUGUGGGAGGGCCCAAUCUGCUUCAUCUGGUGCAGCCUUUGGAGCUGGCUCGGGGACCAUCUGGUUGGAUGACGUUCAUUGUUCUGGAAAUGAGUCAUCUAUAUUAGAUUGCAGGCAUUCAGGGUUUGGAGUCCACAACUGUGGUCACCAUGAAGAUGCUGGUAUCAUCUGUGAAGGUAAUACAGAUUUGAGCACUGCUUCACCAGUGAGACUUGUCAACUCUGGAAACCGCUGCUCAGGCAGAGUGGAGAUCUUCCAUGCUGGACAGUGGGGGACAGUGUGUGAUGAUCUCUGGGACCUGCUCGAUGCUGAGGUGGUGUGUAGACAGCUGGGCUGUGGCAGAGCCCUCUCAGCACCAACACAGUCACACUUUGGACAAGGCAGUGGACCCAUCUGGUAUGAUAAUGUCAUGUGCACGGGCAAUGAAACAAAGCUGUCCGAAUGUCGGCACCAAGGCAUUGGAUCUCAUAACUGUGGCCACCAUGAGGAUGCUGUGUUUUUUUGCACACUUACUCAUCUGUCUUCCAUUCUUUUCCUGUCAGCUGCUUCAACAGUGAGACUUGCUAAUUCUGGAAACCGCUGCUCUGGCAGAGUGGAGAUCUUCCAUGCUGGACAGUGGGGGACAGUGUGUGAUGAUCACUGGGACCUGGACAAUGCUAAUGUGUUGUGCAGACAGCUGGACUGUGGACCGGCCCAAUCAGCUUUAUCUGGUGCAGCCUUUGGACCUGGCAGUGGACCCAUCUGGUUGGAUGAGGUCUACUGUUCUGGAAAUGAGUCAUCUAUAUCAGACUGCAGACAUUCAGGGUUUGGAGUCCACAACUGUGGUCACCAUGAAGAUGCCAGUGUUGUAUGUGAAGCUUCAGAACCACCUCUGGAUGCUAUUCAUCUUUACUGUCAAGAGAGCAAAAUCCAAAUACAAGUGGAGGCAAGUCGCCUGGUAACCUUUGGAUUCGACCCAUUCUCUGGACACUUGACUGAUCGCAACUGCACCUGGGUCAGAGAGAGCUAUGGCUGGAUUUGGGAGAAUGGUGGCAUUUCUGGUUUGGGCAGCCAAGUGAGAGUCGCCAUGUCUCUGUACCGUAGCCCCGCCUUCAGUGACACUUACCCACCAGGGUUAGUCAUCAUCCCAGUGGAUUCCCCAUUGUAUGUGGGGGUCUCUGUGGAGAACAGGGGUCCAGACUUUGCUGUUAUUCUGGAGGACUGCUUCGCAAGUCACUCUCUAAGCCCUGAAUCUCCUGUGAAAUACCCUUUAAUCCAGAACAGGUGUCCCGUUGACCCUCGGCAGGUGGAGGUGAUUGAGAACGGCAGAUCAACUCGGGCUCGUUUCUCUGCUCUGUUUGUCCUCCCAAAUGGAAAACACGGAGACGUGUAUCUUCACUGCAACCUCACCCUCUGUGACAUGAGGAAGUACAGCUGCUUCACUGUGAGUCACAAAUUUCACUUCAUCAAGCAUCAGAAUCUGUCCAUCCAUCUGACCGACUGA